CGGGCGGCCAAUGGGCGGGGAGAGGGCGUGGCCGGCGGCGUUGGGGUGUCUCACGCUGGUGACAGCUCGCGCGUGCGAUGAUGGCGGUCCUGCCCUGUGGAUACGUAAGCACGUGCUCUGCCCGUCUGAGCAACAUCACCGAGCGCCUGUCCUUGCUGAGCUGGUCAGUGAUUUCGUCUUUAGCAGCAGCAUCACUGGAAAAAGACUGCAAUUGAGGGCUUUGAAGCUGCGCUUCCUUAGAAUGAAGACUUAAGUAGUAAUUAAAUUCUCGAAGAACCACCAAGACUCCUUUGAAUGAAAUGGGGAUGUUCCAGGCUCUGAGCAUUGCGUUGGAGAGGAAGGAAUGUUUCAACGUGACUCAGUCAAAGCAGCGAAGACUUCUGUAAGAGAUGGAUAGAUGCAAACAUGUUGGGCGGCUACGACUCGCCCAGGACCAUUCUAUCCUGAACCCUCAGAAGUGGCACUGCGUGGACUGCCAGACAACUGAAUCAAUCUGGGCUUGUCUGAAAUGCUCCCAUGUAGCCUGUGGGAGGUACAUGGAGGAGCAUGCACUUAAACACUUUGAAGAAACCAGACAUCCAUUGGCAAUGGAAGUUAAUGAUCUGUACGUAUUCUGUUACCUUUGUGAAGAUUACGUCUUGAAUGAUAACCCGGAGGGUGACUUGAAAUUGCUGAGAAGUUCUCUGUCAGCGAUUAAAAGUCAAAAACAUGAUCCAUCAACAAGAAGCGGGAGGACGUUGCGAUCCAUGACUUUGGGAGAGGACGUGUACAGCCAUCAGAGGACCCCUCAGGGACAGUCUCAGAUGCUUACAGCUCUCUGGCACAGGCGCCAGUCUUUGCUUGCCAAGGCACUGCGGACCUGGUUUGGUAAGAGCUCCAGAGGCCAGCUGAAGUUAAAACAAAAGAAACAGAUGGAGGAGUUGGAGAAGAAGAAGGAGGCAGCUAGGCGGCGACGGCAGGAGAUGAAGAGACAGCUUCUGGAGGAGCUGGCAAACACUCCUCCGAGGAAGAGUGCAAGGCUGCUGUCGCACGUGCACAGAGAGAACUUGAUUCCAAGGAAAUUCAGGGAGGUGGCGACCGCUUCCCCUACCUCAAGGCAGAUGCAGAGCAGCAGAUUCAAUCAGUUUUAUUCCAUCCGGCGUAAGCCUCUGAUGACUCCCGGGGUGACGGGUCUAAGGAACCUGGGGAACACAUGUUACAUGAACUCCAUUCUGCAAGUGCUGAGUCACCUCCAGAAAUUCAGAGAAUGUUUUUUGACGCUUGAUCUCUGUGAAACGGAAGAACUCUUGGCCAAAACUGUGAACGGGAAGUCUAGGUUGCCUGGCAGAUUGGCAAAUGGAUCUGCUGCUAAUGAGUCAGGGAGGACUGACAAAGUGGGAUCAUACGGCACGCAGAGCUUGCCAGCUGGCUUAAAUGGCAGCUCCUCAAUAAGCAGGAGUUUAGAACUAAUACAACCCAAGGAACCACGUUCAAAGCACAUCUCCCUCUGUCACGAAUUGCACACCCUCUUCAGAGUGAUGUGGUCUGGCAAGUGGGCACUUGUGUCCCCGUUUGCCAUGCUGCACUCUGUGUGGAGUCUGAUCCCAGCGUUCCGAGGUUACGAUCAGCAGGACGCUCAGGAAUUCCUGUGCGAGCUGCUGGAUAAAGUGCAGCAGGAACUGGAGUCAGAAGGAACGAAGCGCAGGAUCCUCAUCCCUUUCUCGCAGAGGAAGCUCACCAAGCAGGUCCUGAAGGUGGUGAACACCAUUUUUCACGGGCAGUUGCUUAGUCAGGUCACCUGUAUAACAUGCAACUACAAAUCCAACACCAUUGAGCCCUUUUGGGAUCUUUCCCUGGAGUUUCCUGAGCGCUAUCACUCUAUUGAGAAAGGGAUUAUCCCUGUUCACCAGGCAGAGUGCAUGCUGACGGAAAUGUUGGCCAAGUUCACAGAAACUGAAGCUCUGGAAGGGAGGAUCUAUGCGUGCGACCAGUGCAACAGCAAACGACGAAAGUCUUCUCCCAAACCUCUUGUUCUGAGUGAAGCUAGAAAGCAGUUAAUGAUCUACAGACUACCUCAGGUCCUCCGACUGCACCUUAAACGAUUCAGGUGGUCUGAACGCAAUCACCGUGAGAAGAUUGGGGUCCAUGUCCUCUUUGACCAGGUACUAAACAUGGAACCUUACUGCUGCAGGGACUCUCUCUCCUCUCUUGACAAAGAGACCUUUGUCUAUGACCUCUCCGCUGUGGUGAUGCAUCAUGGUAAAGGGUUUGGCUCAGGACACUACACAGCAUAUUGCUACAACACAGAGGGAGGCUUUUGGGUCCACUGUAAUGACUCCAAAUUGAAUGUAUGCAGCGUGGAGGAGGUGUGCAAAACCCAGGCCUACAUUCUUUUUUACACUCAAAGAACCGUGCAGGACAAAGCAAGAAUCUCAGAAAAACAACUCCAAGCUCAGGUGCUCUCCAAAAAUACUGAUAAAGACAGAAGACUGACAUUCCCAUGAUGGGAAACUCUAUAACUCAAUUGAUGGUCUCUUGUUUGUUUGUUUUUGUUUUAAACCAUUGUGUUCACAUCUUUCCUCUCUGUAGGGAAAAGGGCUGGCUGCAGGAAGGGGAUCAGAUUGUGGUGUUGUUUGCCCAGGUUUGGAGAAGUGUAUCAAGCUGUGCAAUUCCGAUAUGUAAGACUGUAGUCAGAAACUUGUUUUUUAAACAAUAUUGUUAAAUUACUCAAAACAAAGAGUUUGAUGCUUUGUAUCAUUAGUCUCAUAUUAAAAUGGCAUUGAGCAAGGCAUAUAAGAAAUGAGCACCACCAAGAACUAGAAGCAUUCAGCUGGUAUCAUAAAACCUUCAGUACAUAGUAGUGCUGAUAAACCUCCAGAAGGAGCAGGUAUAGUACCUUCCCUUUAACUGUCACUGGGAUUUCCACCCAGGUAUUUCUUUUAUGGUUGUUGAAUAGUUGGAGCUGGCUGCCCUAAAAGCCUUUCUUCCUGAAGAAGUGUAUGACAUUCAUCAACAAGAAGAAAUGUUCCCCAGCCCUCAGCUAUCUCUGUGGUACCGAUUUCUUUGCCCUCAGAUAAGGGCAAACAAAUGGCUGGCAAUUUCUUUCAGUAGCUCUUUUUCUCAGUGUUACUGGGACUGUAUGCACACUUGAUAGCCUGUUCUCUAGGCCGAACUGAAGUGGCAGCUAAAUUCGCUAGGAAUGUAAUUCUGGAAACAGUUCUGCUCUGGUGAAUGUUUUUUGUUUUAUUUUUAAAAAAAUAUAAAAAAAACCAAACACCCUGUAAUAAAACAGGAACGUGCCUGUGUGAUCAGAGUCGUAUCUGUUUGCACUGGCAGCAAAAAUAAAGCCUACACUGCAUGUUUCUGCUGGCAUAACUUUGCUGAUCAGGAUUAGGAAGAAGUGAAAACCUGACUUGCACAGCUGUGACGGCAGAAGCAGUCACUGGGAGGCAACUUACACUGGCAAAUGAGCACUUUGUUUUGUUUUGGGAAUAUGUCCAGGGGAGUAGUGUGGAGGUAACACCGCAAGAGAGCUAAGUGCUGAUAACUGCUCCUGUAGUGGCAAUACUGACAAACUCUGGUUGUCAUGCGAGACCCUGAAUGACUGAAGGCAGUGAGGUUGUGCAGAUGCAGUGGGCAGAGUUUAACCUGUGAAGCUGUUAUUCCUGCUGGGUCGUAAAGGGAAGGAAUUAAGUUAACUGUCAUAUUCCUCAGUGAGUUUGAAAAACUACAGAAAUGUCUGUGAGUAUCAUGAUUUUAGAACAUAGGGCUCUGAUUGACUGUUUCUAGUCAGUUCUCAGCCUACUGUUGGACCUCAGGAAUUCUUAUAAUUUGGAGUUUGGCUGCUCAUGUUUCUUAUUGUCAUCAAAUCUGAAUAUGUGACUGCAAUGAUACGUGUUAUAUUUCAAUCUUGUUGUUCUUUUUUUCUUCUUUCCUGAAGCAGCUAUGGGUUGAAGCAUGCAGUUCUUCAAACGCUUGAUUCAGUGUUCAGGUAGGGGAGCUGGAACCAUGUUUUUCUUCCCCUUCCUACUUUUAUCCUGGCAGGCAUUGGCCCAUCAGCCACAAAUUGACAGCUGUGCGUUAUUGUUGGAGAGGGCAAAGAGGAAAAUCCCCCAAACACAAUUUCUCUUCUUUCACUGCUGCUACUUCAACUUUUGAUUUCCUGUACUGUGGGCACUUCAGCUGCUGUUAAUCACUUUAGUCAUGCAGAGAUGAGCAGAGCAAACAAGAAACUCCUCUUUUGUUAGAGCACAGCGCCGCUCUACGUCUCCUCUGUCCAUAAAGAACCCAUUUCCUCUGUCUGAGUAGUGUGCCACUUUUUUGAGCAUACACAAACUGAUCUUUUAGCAAUUAAGAAUAAUUUGAGUUUAUAUGCUUGCUUUGUUUUGUGGAGGUUUUGUUUGUUUGUUUGUUUUUAGACAAGCCAGUUUGAAACAGUCUUAUGGGAACAAAUUAAAAGGUUUUAAUUCUGUUUCUCUAAAUGUUGCAUGGUCUGGAAGGAUUUCCUGUGAAUGUCUGCAUAUCUACGUAUUUACUAGGUAGCUUUUUUUUUUUUUUUCCCCCCCUACUAGUAAUAAAAUUAAAUAAAAAUAUUAUAGGCCAGACUGAGAUACAAAAUGACCCAGCUUAGUGCAGGGGAAGCUGGUCUGGCUUCAGCACAGGCAGAAGUUGACAUUCAUGAAAGAAUGAAAAGGAAAUGCUUGUGGUGUUCAGAUCUGUGCUGGAGUCUUUUUUAGAGCAGAGUGCAUGCUUUGUGAAGACUACUUGUCUCAAAGGGAAAAUGAAAGGAAAAAAGGUGUUCAGUGUUGCCUUCUUAAUCUCAGAAGUGGAAGGGAAAAUGGAACAGUCAUGGUUUGCUGUGACUGCCAAAUACUGUGAUUGCAUUCUGCAGCCCUUACCGUGCUGGCCCUGUUUGUAUGAAGAUUGAUUGUUGUCACUGUAGUGAGUUGAGACUCUUUGCUAUGAAUGCUCAUCUUUUGACUGAGUGUUUUGCAUUAAUAUUUGUAUUCAGGUAGAAAUAUGGUUGUCAUGUGAAUUGACUGGAUUACAGAGGGGAGUGGGAGCAGCACUGUUAGCCAUGGGUACAGCUGGUUGCCCAAGCAGAUUGUGUAGCGUUUGCUGUUGACAUUGUUGACAUUAGUGACUUCUCCAUGUGACAUUAGCCUCGUUGCGCUGAGAUGUGGAGAUACUGCAGUCAGAAAAAUAUUGCCCUGAUAGGGAAGGAAUGAAUUAUACUUCAAAGUAAACUUGCUUUUUCCAGCACUGUGAGGUUUCUGUGAUAUUUAGCUUUUAUUUGGAAGCGAUAGCGUAUAGCAUUUUUUAUGCUGUUUGGUUUAUAUUGGUCUGCUGUAGGCAUCUUUAUAUAAGCAUAACUCAAUGUCCCUGUCAUGGUGGACACUGUUCUAUAGUGUCUCGUUUGCCAGAAAUAAAAUUGGAAGUUAUCUCUUUAUAAACAUCCAGCUUGCAAUUACUGUGAAGCCCACUGAAGUGAAUGCCUGCCCACAGGCUGCCUGCAAUGCAAGCUCUGUCCCUCCUAUAAUGGUGUGGCUUGAAAUCCUGCUCCAAUCCAGGUGUGUAUUUAGAAUAAUUCCAAAUGUAGGCUUUACUCCUACAAGCACCUAAGCAGCUGAUCUAACUUAACUCAGGUGUGAAGGUGACGCUUUUGAGUCCCGAGCUCAGCAUCUGCAGGAUUAGAACCUUUGUUUUGGUUGAACUGGGAGUGGAAUUUGUUUCUGUACGUGCAGGCACACCUGUACUGGGGUUCAGUCAUGUCACAAGAAGCCAGCUGCCUUGAGAGAUGCUGAGAGCAAGUGUUAGGCGCCUGGCACUGUGCAGGUUGCUGUCUGAAGACAAAGUAAACCACAGGACACGUGCAGGCUGUCAGGCUUCUGAGUAGUCAGCCCUUGGCACAGAACUGUUCCCAGCAUAACCUUAUUCUCUUCAACUCGUACAUAAACUGGUGUUAAUUUUAUGCUUUUGAGAAUGAAGAAUCUCAAUGUAUUCAUGGCCAGAUAGGGUACAACAUUGGCUGUAGUUAUUGGGAAAUACUUUAUUUUAGUUAACAUUCUGCCUCUAGAAGUUAGUUGCAUAAAUUUGCCUUUGUUACCACUUUACUACCUGCAUGCCCAAGUUGAACUAUGCAUACUGCAAGAAGAGUUUCUCUGCAAAGCAGUGGGGAAAAAAAAAAAACAAAAAAACUUUUUUUCCCCACUGUUUCUAACCAGAACAGUUCUCUGGUCUGGCUUUGAAGUUGUCAAUACGAAGCAGCAAACAGAAUCAGAAUAAUGUGCAUUAAGUGUUUGAUGUCAGACUUUUCUUGGUGGCUGUGUCACCCCCAUUUCCUUAGGGGAUUCCAGCCAUUCUUUUUCAGCAAGGAAUAUAAUUGGAAACAGUAAAAGCACUGAGUGCACCCUAUGGAUUCACUAUCAGAAGUUAUUUUUGCUUCUAAAAGGAGAAAGACAUCUUCCUUAUG